AUGAGAAAAAGAAAAGACACCGAUGACAGACGAGGCGAAGAGAAACCUGCGACUCACUGCAGUGACGCAGGGUCAUAUUAUAACCAACCUCGAACCAAAGGCACUCCAGUAAAGGCAAAAAGAAAGCUAUCUUUAGAAGAAGGACCACUUGAAUCCAAAUCAUUUUAUUUACAUUUGAAAUGUUCAUUUACUCAGAUUGGAAAUAUCGAAAAAGAUAUCAAAGGGCUCGGUGGAAAAGUAGAAAGUUUCUUAAGUAAGAAUAUCACGUAUGUGGUAAGUGACAGACUUCCUGUCCGCUUGAAGGAACAACGUGGAUCAUGCUCAUCAUCUGCAAGAAGUCCAGGCUACUACGGUGCUUCAUCACCAAGUCCAGGUAGUUCAGAAUCGCCCUCUUACGGCCAAACAGCACCACUUACAAGAGGGAGAUUACUUCUACAGAAAGCUGUUCAUUGUCGGGCUGGUUGUAGUGAUGUGUUGGCGAAUGCCAAAGCAUGGGGAGUGAAAAUAGUUCCACUAGAUGACUUCAAAGUAUGGAUCAGUGAUGCGAAAAAGCCGAGGCCUAGGAGAUUAAUAGAUUGUUUUAUGAAAGUAGAAGAUGAUGCAUAUAUAUACAAACCAUCAUAUCGUCAAUUUGGCAAAUCAGCUUGGCCCUCGCUCUUUGAGUCCUCUUUCAAAUCAAGAGCAUGCCGAUCUCGUUACCAACAAGUAACGGUUACCAAGACAACACCAGUUGAAGUAGAAGAUGAUAGCAAACAAGAGGGUUAUUGUGAAUGUUGUUUGGAACGAUACGAUGAUAUACAUGAACAUAUAACACGUUCAUAUCAUCGGGCAUUUGCAAAUAAAGAAAGUAACUAUUGGGGUGUUGAAGCAUUAACGCAGCAAUUUCCAUCUGUACAACAAUUUGUGGAGCGUUUUGCACCCAACUUGUCGCCAUGUAAAACUGUCGUCAUUUCACCUCUACGAAAACGUCGGCGUCUUGACCAGGAUAAAGAAAUAAACACCUCAAUUGAAAUGUUAACUGGUAAUGGAAUAGAUAUAGAAGAUGAAAGACUAGCAACAGCCAAUCAGAAAGCUGAUUUACUUAUGUCAACAGAGGUCAACCCUCCCACUGACACUAAGCCAGUAACCCCAACAGAGGUCAACCCUCCCACUGACACUGAGCCAGUAACCCCAACAGAGGUCAACCCUCCCACUGACACUGAGCUAGUCACUCCACCCAAUGAAAAUGAUGAUAAUAUGCCAACCCUAAGUGGUACAAAUAUGGGAAAGGACAAUGUUACAGAUGCCAGGACAGUCAACAGUGUACAUGUCAUACCAAUUGAGGAUGUUUCAGCUAGCAGUGAAUACGAUGUUUUGUUGAUUUCACCUGUGCAUACAAACCCCAGUCUUCUUUCCCUGGGUGAAUUCGGUACUAGGCAUAAAAGUGUUGAAACUGUUAUUAAUAAUACUUUACUGCCAAACUAUUCUGGUAUACCUCAAGAAAGAAACAGACUGUGUAACAAUGAUUUGAACCUCGUAAAACACCAAACAGAACCAACGUUUAUUGAAUCUGUAAAACCGGUUACAAAUGGCACAGCCAGCCAAACCCCCUCAACUUGUAUCGCCAAUGCACAAUCCCUACCUGUCAGUGAAAAAGACGUUAUUCCAGAAAUAGACCACGAACUCAUGGACUGCGUUGCCCAGGUGAUGCAAAAUAUUGGCCAAUGGGAAGAGAGUGAUGAUGCUAGAAAACCUGAAGAACCAUAUUUUGUGAAGUUUGAACCGCAGGCCUGGAAUCCAUUCACCAGUUUGUCUCAGUUGCCUCAUUUUCGAGGCCUAACAUUUGCGUUCAAUGAGCAUGCCCAUGAUGAUGUGUUUCAGAAUGAUGCCAUGGAAACAGGACCUCCGAUACUAAGCCCUCAGAUCUACUUGAGUCAAUCAUCCCAAAUGGGGACAGAGAUCGAUAAGUUUAAAAAUGAAGUCUCAUGUGAGAAUACGUGUGUGGAUUUCAUCGACUUACAAGUGCAAGAAAAUGUUGACAAACUUGAAAAUGAUAUGAAUUCUUUUAAUGAUGGCACAUGUAGCAACAUAAAUUGCAAAUUUGAUGAAACAUGCAAUUAUGAUCAUGAUGUCAUUGCCAUUGAGGACGGAAAUCUUUCAGCAUGUAAUAAAUGGGAUCCGGCUUUGUGUUCACUACCAGCAUUUAUUGGCUUGACAGAAAGGAUCAAAUUAAACAGAAGGCGAUGUCGAGUUGAGUCAGACAGCACCCCAAAAUUCAUUCAGACGCCAUUGAGACACAAAAAUACGAAAGUUCCAAAAUCAAAACAGAAAAGAAAACAGCGUGUUUUAGCCUUAUAACUGUGAUCCUAGCAGACUAGAUUACUGUGCUAAUAUUGUUUAAGUCAUAAUUGUUAAGAUCUGCCAGUUGAAGUGCAUACUUACUCUCAAACAAGACUUAAUUUUCAGAGUUUUCCAGUACAAUGAGAAUACUAUAAAUAAAUAAUACAUUUUUUACAAAAAUAAACUUAUGCUGACAUUUUCUAUUUUUCUCUGUGUUUUUAUCCUUUGCAUUGUGCUGAAUAAACAUUAAAA